GCCGUGACGUCACUUCCUGCAUAUGACUUUCCCCGGGAAGAUCAUUUGGCGCGGACUGUCUGAUCUGUUGUUGUGUUGACCUGCCGUCCGUAGCUUCAAGCGAACACCUGUCAUUAGGGACACUUUCUCCAAACACACGGUCAUGGCUCCGGUAUCGAACCCAGAGAAGGACGUGGACGGUCCGGACGGAGAUGAUGGAGGGGAUUCAGGAGGUCUGGCCAAGUCUCGCACCAGACGGGAGAAGAGAGAAAAGGUGGGGAGGAAGUCUGCACUGGAGCAGCUGAAGAAAAAGAAGAUGGGAGAGAAGAUCAAAUAUGAGGUGGAGGAGCUCACAAGUGUGUACGAGGAAGUGGACGAGCAGCAGUACUCAAAGAUGGUACGAGACAGACAAGAGGAUGACUGGAUCAUCGAUGAUGACGGAACCGGAUACGUGGAGGACGGGAGAGAGAUCUUUGACGACGAUUUGGACGAUGAUGUCGUGGAAAACAACAAAGGAAAACCAGGCGCCAAAGGAGCAGACUCAAAGAAGAAUGUGAAGAAGUCUGUGGUAGCCAAGCCCAACACUAUUAAGAGCCUCUUCAUGAACAGCAAUGUCAAGAGGCCCGCUGAGAAAGACGUGGACCUGUCCAAAGACGACCUGUUAGGAGACAUCUUACAGGACCUGCACUCUGAGAAACCGUCUCUCCUGGCUCCUCCCCCAGUCGUGACUCUGAAGAAGAAGAAAUCUCUUGGAUCACCGAUGAACCCCUUUUCUGUGAAACCUCAGAUGCCAAAGGAAUCACCCAAGGGGAAAGUCAUCAGACCGCCUCCUUCUGACCCUGCCCCAAGGUCAGCAGCCCGCCCUCCUUCAUCCACACCGGCUCUUCCUGUGGAGAAGCAGAGGAUAAAGGUGGAGGAGCAGGAUGAAGAAGUGAGCGACUCGAUGGCCUUUGACAGCGUGGAUUUUGACGAGCCGAUGGAGGUGGUGCAGCAGGAGGAGAAGCCUGUGAUCAAACAUGAGCCUGAACCUAAAGCUGAAGCUGUGGCACUGAAGGUGGAGCCUAAAGUGGAGCUCCGGGACCCUCUUCUAUUGUCCAGCAGACUCGGCUCCUGGGGUCAGGAUGAGGAGGGUGAAGCCAGCGAGGCUCCAGCAGAGGUUCAGGUGGACUCCAGUCGACUCCCGCUGGUGGAGGGGCCUGACGGGGAGCAGGUGUUCCGCUUCUAUUGGUUGGAUGCUUUUGAAGAACCCUACAGCCAACCAGGUGUGGUGUACCUGUUUGGAAAAGUGUGGAUUGAGUCUGCAAAGUCUCACGUCAGCUGCUGUGUCAGUGUGAGGAACAUUGAGCGGACCAUGUACUUCCUGCCUCGUGAACACAAAGUGGAUCCAAAGACGGGACAGGUGUCAGACACUCCUGUAGGAAUAAUGGACGUCUAUCAAGAGUUUAAUGAGCUAUCUGAGAAGUUCAAGAUCAUGAAGUUUAAGUCAAAGAAAGUGGAAAGGAGCUACGCUUUUGAGAUCCCUGAUGUUCCCAGUCUGUGCGAGUACCUGGAAGUCAGAUACUCUGCUGAGUUCCCUGCGCUGCCUUCAGACCUCAAGGGGGCGACUUUCUCCCACAUUUUUGGAACCAACACUUCCAGCCUGGAGCACUUCCUCCUCAGCAGGAAGAUCAGAGGACCCUGCUGGCUAGACAUCAAGACACCACAGCUGAUCAGCACGCCGGUCAGCUGGUGUAAGGUGGAGGCUCUGGCUCUGAGGAGCGAUCUGGUCACUGUGGUCAAAGACUUGUCACCUCCACCCAUCACCGUCAUGUCCAUCAGCCUCAAGACCAUCCAGAACCCCAAGACGCACCACAAUGAGAUUGUGUCUCUGGCUGCGUUGGUCCAUUAUCAGUUCCACAUGGAUAAAGCUCCCCCCCAGCCCCCGUACCAGGCACACUUCUGUGUUGUCAGUAAACCAGCCGACUGUAUCUUCCCGUAUGACUUCAAAGAUGCUGUGAGGAAGAAGAAUGGAAAAGUGGAGAUCGCUGCGACGGAGAGAACUCUGCUCGGCUUCUUCCUGGCUAAGAUGCACAAAAUCGACCCUGAUGUUCUCGUGGGUCACGACAUCUUCGGCUUUGACCUGGAGGUGAUCCUACAGAGGAUCAGUUACUGCAAAGUCCCCCACUGGUCUAAGAUGGGCCGCCUGAGGAGGGCCAACAUGCCGAAACUCGGGGGUCGAGGUUCCUUUGCAGAGAAGAGCGCAACCUGCGGCCGCCUGGUGUGCGACGUGGAAAUCUCAGCCAAGGAGCUGAUUCGCUGUAAGAGUUACCACAUGACUGAACUGACGGCUCAGGUGCUGAAGACGGAGAGGGUCACAGUCCCUCCGGAGGACAUCAAGAACCUCUACAGUGACUCUCCUCACCUGCUCUACCUGCUGGAGCUGACGUGGAUGGAUGCCAAGCUGAUCCUCCAGAUCAUGUGUGAGCUCAACGUGCUGCCGCUGGCCCUGCAGAUCACCAACAUCGCUGGCAACGUCAUGUCUCGCACUCUGAUGGGCGGUCGCUCUGAGAGGAACGAGUUCCUGUUGCUUCACGCCUUCCACGACAAAAACUACAUCGUCCCUGACAAACUGUCCUUUAAGAAGGCUCAACUGGAAGUGGCUGAGGGAGAGGAAGAUGUGGACUCAGGGAAAGGCAAGAGGAAGAAGAAGGCGGCAUACGCUGGAGGUCUGGUGUUGGAUCCAAAAGUUGGUUUCUACGAUAAGUUUGUGCUGCUGCUGGACUUCAACAGUCUGUAUCCCUCCAUCAUCCAGGAGUUCAAUAUCUGCUUCACCACUGUGCAGAGGGAGGCUCACAAUGCCAAGAAGAAACAGGAGGACGAUGAGUCAGAGGAGAUUCCUGAAAUUCCUGAUCCAGACCUGGAUAUGGGAAUCCUGCCCAAAGAAAUCAGAAAGCUGGUGGAGAGACGUCGACAAGUCAAACAGCUGAUGAAGCAACAAGACAUCAACCCUGACCUCUACCUGCAGUACGACAUCCGUCAGAAGGCUCUGAAGCUAACCGCUAACAGCAUGUACGGCUGCCUGGGGUUCAGCUACAGCCGCUUCUACGCCAAGCCGCUCGCUGCACUGGUCACACACAAGGGGAGAGAGAUUCUGAUGCACACCAAAGACAUGGUGCAGAAGAUGAACCUGGAGGUCAUCUAUGGCGACACAGACUCCAUCAUGAUCAACACCAACAGCAAGUCUCUGGAGGAAGUCUACAAACUGGGCAAUAAGGUGAAGGCGGAAGUAAACAAGCUCUACAAGCUGCUGGAGAUCGACAUCGAUGGUGUGUUUAAGGCUCUUUUGCUGCUGAAGAAGAAGAAGUAUGCCGCCCUGGUGGUGGAGAACCACGGAGACGGACGACACAGCGUCAAACAGGAGCUCAAAGGUCUGGACAUCGUGAGGAGAGACUGGUGUGACCUCGCGAAGGAAUGUGGCAACUAUGUGAUCGGUCAGAUCUUGUCGGAUCAGAAUCGUGACGUCAUUGUGGAGAACAUCCAGAAACACCUGGUGGAGAUGGGCGAGAAAGUCGCAGGUGGAGACAUACCACUCAACCUGUACGAGAUAAACAAGGCUCUGACCAAAGAUCCUCAGGACUACCCCGAUAAGAAGAGUCUUCCUCACGUUCAUGUGGCUCUAUGGAUCAACUCCCAGGGCGGUCGUCGGGUCAAAGCUGGAGAUACAGUCUCUUACAUCAUCUGCAAGGACGGCUCCACGCUGGCAGCCAGUCAGAGGGCGUACGCUCUGGAACAGCUCCAGAAGCAGGAGAACCUCAGUCUGGACACUCAGUACUACCUCGCCCAGCAGAUCCACCCUGUGGUGUCCAGAAUCUGUGACCCCAUCGAGGGCAUCGACGGCGUGCUCAUAGCCACGUGGUUAGGUCUGGACCCCGGUCAGUUCAGGGCUCACCAGCAGCACCAGAGGGAGGAAGAGGCCGAUGGCACGUUGGGAGCUCCGGUCCAGCUGACCGACGAGGAGCGCUACAAAGACUGUGAGAGGUUCACCUUCACCUGCACCCAGUGUGGCACAGACAACAUCUACGACAGCGUCUUUGAGGGAGCUGGAACGAAGCUGGAGCCCAGCCUGAUGCGAUGCUGUAACAUCUCCUGCGGGAGCCGCCCCAUCGACUGCGCCGUCAACAUCAGCAACAAAUUGCUACUUGACAUCCGUCGCCAUAUCAAAAAAUACUACUCUGGCUGGUUGGUGUGUGAGGACCAGGCCUGUCAGAACAGGAUCAGACGUCUGCCCAUCGCCUUCUCCCGCCAUGGACCCAUCUGCCCUGCCUGCACCAGGGCGACCCUCAGACCUGAGUACUCCGAAAAGGCCCUGUACCAUCAGCUCUGCUUCUACAGGUUCAUCUUUGACUGGGACCAUGCGUGUGCCAAAGUGCUGCAGGCUGAGGAGAGAACUUUCGUCGGAAAGCAUUUCCCCAGAGAGAAAGACGUGUACCGGAGGCUGAAGGAAGUGCCCGACAGAGCUUUGGCCACCAGCGGAUACUCGGAGAUAAACCUGGCCAAACUCUUCCAGGCCUUCACCUCCUUCAAGUGAAACGACGCACAGACACAUCUGUAAAGACGGCUUCAAGACAUCAGACUCACUACGGGGAAAUUACUUGACUACAGCAGCUCUCUCUGAUCCCUCAGAUCAUCUCUGAACCUAAUGGGCUCGUUACAUGACUUAAAACCCAAUCACACCCUUUAACCCCCCUCCAUUCUCUUCGUACAGACACUACGCACUCACACACACUUGUGACAUGACCCCUUCACCCUGACUCUGUAUGGUAAAAGGAGGGGAUGGCAAUCAUACCUAAAUAACAGCCUAUUGUGUGUGUGUGCCCAGUGUGUGUGUGUGUGUGUGUGUGUGUGUCUGUCUGUGUCUGUGUGUGUGUGUGUGUGUGUGUGUGUGUCUGUGUGUGUGUCUGUGUGUGUCUGUGUCUGUGUGUGUGUGUCCGCGUGUGUGUGUGUGUGUGUCCGUGUGUGUGUGAAAAUGAUUUAUCCUCGGAGCAGCCAGUAAACUCCAAAAAGCCGCUAAUUAGCCAAUGAUAGUGACCCGGGCCGCUAAGACCGCUGGAUGCCCUGCAGCGAUCGGACACUUGUUCUGAUUACCACCAUUCAUCCCAAGUGUGUGCGCCUGUGUGUGUGAGAUCAGAGGAUGAAAGGGAAGAAGAAGAGGAGGAUGCAGGGCGAGGAAGGCCACACGAUCAGCUCUCUCACUCUUUUGUCUCCGUAUUGAACAGCUGAUCUUCUUCUCCUCCAUCACCACUGUUUAACUGAUGUCAUUUCAGACCCUUCUCUCUCUCCCUCCCUCCCUCCCUCCCUCCCUCCCUCCCUCCUCUGAUAACUGUGUUUUAACGCCUGUCAUGUUCUAUGUGUUUGGCUUGUAUCGCUCAGGUCGGUUUAUGUAAUGAAUUUGUAAUGACUUGAAUAUUUUGUAUCUCGUAUUUUCAUAUUAAAUCUGUUUGAUACUGAAUCCUUAAUAAAAACUUCAAUGUAUUAAA